CGGAGAUCCGGGCGACGUGGCCGGCCGGAAGUGGUCUGUGCGGAACUGCCGCCGGACAACCCCUGCUCGCUGAACCCGGCUAGCGCAGGGCUGCUGCUUUGGGCCCCGCCGGCACCACCAUGCUGAAGAAAUUUGAUAAGAAAGACGAGGAAUCGGGUGGAGGCUCCAACCCAUUCCAGCAUCUUGAGAAGAGUGCAGUACUCCAGGAGGCCCGUGUAUUUAACGAGACACCCAUCAACCCUCGAAAAUGUGCCCACAUCCUCACCAAGAUCCUUUACCUCAUAAACCAGGGGGAGCACCUAGGGACCACCGAAGCAACCGAGGCCUUCUUUGCCAUGACCAAGCUCUUUCAGUCCAACGAUCCCACACUCCGUCGGAUGUGCUAUUUGACCAUCAAGGAGAUGUCUUGCAUUGCCGAGGAUGUCAUUAUUGUUACCAGCAGCCUGACAAAGGACAUGACUGGGAAAGAAGACAACUACCGUGGCCCUGCUGUGCGUGCCCUCUGCCAGAUCACUGAUAGCACCAUGCUGCAGGCUAUUGAGCGCUACAUGAAACAGGCCAUCGUGGACAAGGUGCCCAGUGUCUCCAGCUCUGCCCUGGUGUCUUCCCUGCACCUACUGAAGUGCAGUUUUGACGUGGUCAAGCGCUGGGUGAAUGAGGCCCAGGAGGCGGCGUCCAGUGAUAACAUCAUGGUCCAGUACCAUGCUCUGGGGCUCCUGUACCACGUGCGGAAGAACGACCGCCUGGCUGUCAAUAAGAUGAUCAGCAAGUUCACCCGGCAUGGCCUCAAGUCUCCCUUUGCCUACUGCAUGAUGAUCCGGGUGGCCAGCAAACAGCUGGAGGAAGAGGAUGGCAGCCGUGACAGCCCUCUGUUCGACUUUAUUGAGAGCUGCUUGCGCAACAAGCAUGAGAUGGUGGUGUACGAAGCCGCCUCGGCCAUCGUCAACCUGCCAGGCUGCAGCGCCAAAGAGCUGGCCCCCGCUGUGUCAGUGCUCCAGCUUUUCUGCAGCUCGCCCAAGGCCGCUCUCCGCUAUGCUGCUGUCCGUACCCUCAAUAAGGUGGCCAUGAAGCAUCCGUCAGCAGUGACAGCCUGCAAUCUGGACCUAGAGAACCUGGUUACAGAUUCAAAUCGCAGCAUCGCCACGUUGGCCAUCACCACACUCCUCAAGACUGGCAGCGAGAGCAGCAUCGAUCGCCUCAUGAAGCAGAUCUCGUCCUUCAUGUCGGAGAUCUCAGAUGAGUUCAAGGUGGUGGUGGUCCAGGCCAUCAGUGCCCUAUGUCAGAAGUAUCCUCGCAAACACGCCGUGCUCAUGAAUUUCCUGUUCACCAUGCUGCGGGAAGAGGGCGGCUUUGAGUACAAGAGGGCCAUCGUGGACUGCAUCAUUAGCAUCAUUGAGGAAAACACAGAGAGCAAGGAGACCGGGCUGUCACACCUGUGCGAGUUCAUCGAGGACUGCGAGUUCACCGUCCUGGCCACCCGCAUCCUGCAUCUCCUGGGCCAGGAGGGACCCAAGACCAACAACCCCUCCAAGUAUAUCCGCUUCAUCUAUAACCGCGUGGUCUUGGAGCAUGAGGAGGUCCGGGCAGGCGCUGUGAGUGCUCUGGCCAAGUUUGGGGCCCAGAAUGAAGAGAUGUUACCCAGUAUCUUGGUGUUGCUGAAGAGGUGCGUGAUGGACGAUGACAACGAAGUAAGGGACCGAGCCACUUUCUAUCUCAAUGUCCUGGAGCAGAAGCAGAAGGCCCUCAAUGCAGGCUAUAUCCUAAAUGGUCUGACUGUUUCCAUCCCUGGUCUGGAGAGAGCUCUGCAGCAGUACACUCUAGAACCAUCAGAAAAACCUUUUGACCUCAAGUCUGUGCCCCUGGCCACCACGCCCAUGGCAGAGCAGAGAACAGAAAGCACCCCCAUCACAGCCGCCAAGCAGGCGGAGAAAGUGGCAGCCACUCGAGAAGACAUCUUCCAGGAACAGUUGGCGGCAGUGCCAGAGUUCCAUGGGCUGGGGCUCCUCUUCAAGUCCUCGCCUGAGCCUGUGGCCCUCACUGAGUCAGAGACAGAGUAUGUCAUCCGCUGUACCAAACACACCUUCACUGACCACAUGGUGUUCCAGUUUGACUGCACAAACACACUCAAUGACCAGACUCUGGAGAAUGUCACAGUCCAGAUGGAGCCCACUGAAGCUUAUGAAGUGCUCUGUUAUGUGCCUGCCCGAAGCCUACCCUACAACCAGCCUGGGACCUGCUACACACUGGUGGCACUGCCCAAGGAAGACCCCACAGCUGUGGCCUGCACAUUCAGCUGCAUGAUGAAGUUCACUGUCAAGGAUUGUGACCCCACCACUGGGGAGACCGACGAUGAAGGCUAUGAAGAUGAAUAUGUGCUGGAAGAUCUGGAAGUCACUGUCGCUGAUCACAUCCAAAAGGUCAUGAUGCUGAACUUUGAAGCAGCCUGGGAUCAGUUAGGGGAUGAGUUUGAGAAGGAGGAGACAUUCACCUUGUCUACCAUCAAGACACUUGAAGAGGCUGUGGGCAAUAUUGUGAAAUUCCUGGGAAUGCACCCUUGUGAGAGGUCAGACAAAGUGCCAGAUAACAAGAAUACCCACACAUUGCUCCUGGCUGGUGUGUUCCGGGGAAAUCAUGACAUCCUGGUGCGCUCCCGACUUCUGCUUUUGGACACAGUAACAAUGCAGGUGACAGCCAGAAGUUCGGAGGAGCUGCCAGUAGACAUGAUCUUGGCGUCUGUGGGCUAAGAGGCCAGCCUGCAUGGGCCCUACUCCUACCCUCUUCUGCCCACCCCCCAUCCCCCGCCAACACUACGCAGAAGUCACACCUUCAUCGUGAACGCAGUGGAAACUCCAUCCUAAGUCUCUGUAUUCAAAAACAAUUAGGAAUCACUGAAAAAAAAAUUUUUUUUUUUAAUUUAACCCCUGCCCCAGGACGACUAGGGGGUAACUUUUUUUUCUUUUUUAAAAUAGGGGAUGAUUUUAGCUUGUCCUAGAACCUGCUGCCCUGUCUGUCACGAUAGGGACAUGCCAGAUGAAUAAAACACACCUCCUCCUGAAAUUAUCCCCAAGGAAACCAUCUUAUCCCUAUAAAUAAAUCCGCAUGUAUUUAUUGAA